AAAUGUAUAUUUAUCGAUCCGUAAAACGAAAGUAUUAAUAAUUAAGCAUUAUACACGUAUAUAUAUAUAUAUCGAUUUCGUUAGUCAGCCAUAGAAACACGUUUGCUAUUUUAUUUUCUUUUAUUUUUCUUUUAUUUACUUAUUUAUUUUUAUUUUUACUUUUUUUUUAUUUUUUUUAUUUAUCUGGAUUAAUUAAACAUUAAUGCUUAUGUAACUUUAAUUUAAUCGGACUAAUAGAAAAAGACAGUUAAUAAAAUAUUUAAGAUUAAGAUUAGAACGUCUAGAAAAUGAAUGUUUAAUCGUGCAUAAAACGAAACCCACCACGUUUUUACAGUUUGAUCGUAAUAAUUUAUCACAGUAUAAAGAUAGCUACUAUAGUAUCGUAUACGUCGAGAUAUUGAUAUUCCUUGGACGAAGCGAAAACGCAUCAAUAUUCUUAUUCGUCUACGUAAGAAUAUAAUUGUAACGAACAUUGACAAUAAGAAAGAUACUUUUCAGAGAACAACACCGGAUGUCUAUCUUCGGUAGUAGACCGUUAUCUGAACGAGCAAUCGUUGAGACUCGAUAAGAGUUAAUAACGAUUUAAAAAGAAAAAGAGAGAGAGAGAGAGAGAGAGAGAGAGAGAGAAAGAGAGAAGAAAAAAGAAAAAACUUCAUCAUAUCGAGUUCUUUACGAAAAAAGCAGUAUGGCCUUGGCAAAGAUCAGGAGUUUUAUCGACAAUGGCUUGAAAACUGUGUCGACGCCUUUGGAUCGUACCGUCAACUUAGAACCGGAAGUAGGCGUCAGAAUCAUUCAUUCGCCAAAUGAAAAAACUCUCUGCGUAACCGUCAUUGGUGCAAGACACUUACCGCAAAAUUUUGGCUUCACCAGAGUCAACAGUUACGUCGUCAAGGUGAAGCUAAUACCAAGUAAAGAAAAAUUCGAGACAACUUCGAAAAACGAAUCGUGGCCUCAAUGGAACGAGGAAUUCACUUUUCAUUUACGAAAAGAGACAAAGAUCAAGUUUGGUAAGUCGAAGGUCGUAGAGGAAGAAAUAAAUGGCUCGAAAUUCAUCGUAGUCACGCUCUAUGCCAUUCUCGAAGACAAACCGUUGAUAGCAACGGAAAAGAAAGAAGCUGAUAAAGAGAAAAAUUCGUCACCUGCUAAAGACAGCGGUAAAAAGGGUGGUAAAAAGGGACAGGAGGGAUCAUCGAAUGAUCAUCAGGAUUCCUGUAAGAGUAAGAUAUUUGGUCAGUUUUUUAGUACAGGACAGGAUAAAAAUUCAGACGCUCAAAUCAGCGAAAGGAAAAUCUUCGACAAAAGACGAACCGUCGGUGCAACCACGAUAUCUCUAGAUUUGAAAAACUUCAUAAUAAAACCACCAAAAUCGAAGCACGCCAGUGACGUAUCAACUGGCGACUUGUGGAGACCUCUCAGACCGAUUAGCAGUGGCAUUUCUAUUACCGACGAUAAAAAAGAAAGUAAAAAGGGCAAAAUCGAGUUGUCCCUUUGCCUUGAAAAAACAGAUAAAAAGGAUGAUAACUGUGGACUCCUCGUGUUAUGUCUUCAUCGUCUGAGAUGUUCAAUACAGACAAUGCACGAACACGAAGUAUUGAAGGGACAAAUGUACCUGAAAAUGUCGGUCAUUGAGAGCGGCAGGAUAACACAUUUUUGGAAGAGCGAUCGUUUUGCACCUUGCGUUUCGAUGAAAUUUUCACCUGACAUGGCUAGGGUCGCCGCAGAAAAUCCUUAUCAGGGUGCUCUCAAGGAUGUGAGCUUCGUCAUAAAAUACGUUUCGAAAAAUAAAAUGGGUAAGAAAACGACAGUCGGUCAUUUUGCUAUCGGACCCGACGUUGGUGGCCCUUAUGGCGAACAAUGGAAACAGGCUCUGGCAAAACCAGGACAGCAGAUAACGAAAUGGCAAUCAUUCGAGUAAUAAUGCAUUCGUCCGAAUAUAACUUUUUUUCGUUCCGUUAUGUUCUCACUUGCCGCAGAUAAAUUUUCUUUUGGUAUUCGUAGGAAAAAAAAAAAAAAAGAAAAAAAAAAAGAAUUGUCGACAUAACCAAUACGAAUACGAAAUGUCUAUUUUAGUAUACUAAAAAUAUUAACCGUCCACUAAAAAUAUAAUGUUUAAUAAAAAGAAUUAGAUUAAGUUUGUUCUGGUGACAGUAAAGGCUGACUGAUAUAUUUUCUACAGAAAUCAGAAUUUAAAUAAUAGAAUACUCUUGCUGUGA